AUGAAAUUGCUCCGCUCCUCUGCGAAAGCACGCGCGCAGUCCUCACAUAGUCUACAGUUCACGACUCGUCUCAAGAGUGGCAUGCUUGCGUGGCAGGGCGCGACAAAGAACAAUUUCCAUCGCGGUUGCGGCGCGUCCCUUGCUUCCAGAUGGGCGGCGAAGAAGCGCGCGCUCUGCGACGCGGAGGAGACCGCGAGAGAAGAAGGGUUUCAGAGCGAGGACGAGAGCUCGCGCGUGCGAGAAGCGGGAAAUAAGCGCACGCGGCAUUUCGCAAAGCCCCUCGACACGUCGCUGGACGUCUUGGACAUCGUCCUUCUCCGCCACGAGGCCACUGAAGCGCUGGAAGCAACGAUUGCGACGGCCGCGACGAACACGACGAACGAGGCGAACACGGCCGGCGAAGAGGCGUGCUCUAAGAAAAACGUCGACUGCGCUGCGCUCGCGUUAACGCCGUACAUGCGUCCAUCGCGCCCAUCGUCCGGGCCUUUCAUUGCUACGAUUCCGUCGGUGUGCAUCAUCUCCCCUGCCGCCGCCGAGUCGUCUCUCGACCUCUGCGGCGACCUGAGUCUCACGGCGCGAGCGCGCGGUGCGGAGGAGGAGGCCACGGCGGAGGAAGAGGCCAAGGCGCGCCAGUCCGCGGUGGCGACCGCCGCCACGCAAGCCGCGCUCCACAACCCGCGGCGGCUCCUUUUCGCGUCGGAUGACGGCGACGACAAGCGCGAAGACGAGACCGAGGAGGUGACCAGCCGCGGAGGCGACUUCGACCUCGACCUCGUGCGGACACAGCUGUGCGCCUGCAGUUCUCCUCUCCGCGCGCUCGCGGACGUGAUGUGCUCUCCGCGGACGGGCGCGCGGAUGUUUCUGUUCUCAGACGCGUGGAUGGUCGAGGAAGAGGAAGAGGAGCAAUUCUGAGCCCUCGCGCGCGGGAAGGAGAAUGACGAACGAGACGAUCGCGGCGAACAUGACUCACGCGUCCUGUGGACGUCGACAACCUGGACCGCGUCUUGGUUGCUCACAUUGUACACACUACGGAAAAUUAAAUACGC